AUGCCGUACGCAAGAAAGAAAAUGCACAGUGGAGACACACAUCUACGGCGGCGGUGGCGUCUGAGGAACCGGCGAAAGGAUUUGGAUGAAAUAGAUACAGAUUUGAAGACUGAGCCGGAAAAGCUGUUGCAACAAGAGAUCGACCUGGACAAGCCGGGAUUCGGACAGUUUUACUGCAUACACUGUGCUACGUACUACAUCAACGAUCAGGCACUCCAAGCACACUUUCGUACGAAAGUGCACAAACGUCGUUUGAAGGCUUUGGAAAUUGAACCAUACACCAUAGAGGAUUCGUUACGGGCCGCGGGACAAGGUAGCUUCGUACAACCCCAGAAGCGCAAGAUGGAAACACAGCCCUGUCUGGCGGAUGUGGAAGCGGGAAAACGAAUCAAGGUCGACACGGUGAUGGAAGAUGAGAAACCGGCAAAGCAAGAGUUAUCGAAGGCCAAAAAGAUAACCAACUACAAGGAGGUGCUGGAAAAACUUUGA